AUGCAAUCUACGACACGACCUGAGAAGGCUCCCUCAAAAGCGCCGAUACCCUUGAGCUCUUCAUUUGAGGAACGCUAUGCUACCUUACAACAUAAGCUAGAUCGCCUACAGAAGGUUCAUUCAGAGGGCAAGAAAUCGCAAGAGUCAGAGCUUGUCACCACCAAAGCAUCUCUUGCUUCAGCGCAGAAGACGAACGCAGAACUUUCUUCACAAGUAGAGAAGCUCAAGAAACACGCCGACGCGCACGACGCUCGGAUGCAAGAACUCCGACGCGCAGCGCUCGCCGACCAGACUGAGCUCAAAGACUUGCGCGCCAAACUACGCCUAGUGGAGGCCGAACGCACCCAGCUUGCAUCGAAGACCGGCGAAGCAAGUGACGCGAAACGCGCUCUGCACAAGCUGGAAGCACAGCGGCGGGAGGAUCAGGUGGUAGCGGAGGCGCGGCGGAAGGAGGAGUUGCGAGAGCGUGACCGUCGCAUAGCCGAGCUGGAGAAGGCGCUGGGCGCUGAGAAGAAGCGCCGCGAGACCGCCGAAACUCGCGCGAGCGAACUCCGCGGCAAGUCGGACGGUCGGACGGAACAGGCGCGCAGCGAGGCGAAGUCGUUGGACGCCGAACUGAAGGCUGCGAAGGCCGAUACCGCCCGGGCUCAGCAAGAACUACAAACUGCAUUGGCACGUGUCGAGGACCUAUCUGGACAACUCGAAGGUCUUCGCUCUAUGCUCUCUCGCAUUACCGAAGCAUAUUCCACGCUCUCCGGCAAUACGGUCUCCUGUGCCACCCACACCCGUCUCCGUGACUCCCAUCUGGCCCUCGAACUCCGCAACUUCAGGCUGCAGAGGAAGCUAGCGAACUCUGAAGCACAGGUCAUUGAACUGGCUCAACUCAUCCGACAAGCGCACCACGACAAAACCCUUGCGCUGGAGUCUAUUCAUGACAUCGAAGUGGAGAGGGACUACUAUGCCUCCGCUUAUCACGACGCGACACAGGCGACGCUACCCGCAGAAGACGACGUAGAUGGUGCCGCCGACGCAACCAUUGACUCCCUUCGCCUCGACAAGGGUAUCGCAGACGCGGCCGCCUCUUCGUACCGCUCUCUGGCACAUUACUACUUUCUUCUCAACCGGGACCUCAUGACUGCGUACCGCAGCUCACUUGACGAGCUGUCAGAUGAGCAGGCGCAGACGGCAACCCGGGAGAAGACCUUGUCGAAGGAAACCGCCGCACGCGCAGAGCUGACACGAGAGAUGCAAGCCGUGCGCGAGGAGCUCUCAGCUGCCCGGGGCGAACAUGCAGAGGUUCAAACGCAGUUGCGAGAUGCGAGGGUGGAGCAGAGCGAGCUGGGAGACAAGCUGUCUGCUACCGAGCGAGAGAAACAGAAGGAGGCGGCCGCGCACCAGCAAGCUCUACGACGUGAGCAGGAAGCUGCGCAACGCCUCGCCAAUACCAUCAAGAUGCACAAGGCGGCCGAGGACGCAUUGCGAUCUGAGAUAUCCCAACUCUCCGAGGAGAUGGCCGACCUUGCACGGUAUCAGGAAGCGUACUACGCGCUAUCUGAUGAAGUCGGCUCCUUAGCCGCACGCAACGCGCUCGCCGAAGAUGAGGCAGAGCGUCUCAGCCAAUUCAACGCCGAGAUCCUCUCGCACAACAAUCCCGCGCAGAGGAUCAUGUACCUCGACCGUAUCCGGCGUGAACUUGCGGACACCAAGCAAGAACUUCUGGAGGAGAGGCGCGCCAAGGAGAGCGCGUUGACGCAGGGCGAUGAGCUUACGGCGGAGCUCGCGAUGUACAAGUCUGUCGCCGUCGUUGGACCAGGAAGCACUACGGACCGCCGUCCGAAGACGAACAUGACCCGAGUCGCACGGGUACCACUCGCGACCCAGAGCCUCAAUGGACAGUCGCAGCGCUCACGGACCGCAUCCGGUAUGAAGAACAUCUCGGAGGCUUACGAUGAUAUGACCCUGGACGAGAUACUGUAG